GAUAACAUAACAUAUCAUAACACAACAUAGAUGGGCACCGGAUCUUCCGCCAAGAGCACCGAACAAGACAACGGCGUUCGAGACAGAAUCGACAGCGGCGAAUUUCAAAAGGUGUCCCCUCCCGGUUCUCCUAGCUUCGAGUCCAACACGAAGACAGACGAAAUGUCCUACUCGGGAAUCCUCGUGGAAAAACCCGACGAGACCGGCGGCAAAGAGCAGCCGCCUACGGCAAAGACCGGCGUUCCCUCCUCCGAGGGUGCCAUCUUUGCCGCCGAUCUCACAUCGCCUCCCAUCUCCAAUCGGUCCAAGGGCCGGACCAAGACGGGCGGCGGGGCGGCGGAUUCCUCGCGGGCACAGGCCCAGCCCCGCCGCAUCGUGAAAGCCACCCCGCCUCCCAGGGUGGCUCCCCAAGCCGCCCAAGAAAGCGGGACGGGGGCCUCGAGUGUGAGUGUGCACUCGGGGAAGAGCAACCACAGCAACCACAACGCUGCUCCCCUUUCCUCCCCGAUUGGCAACAAUGCCAACGCCGCCAACGAGUUGCUGGAGGAAUCCAUCGAAAAAAACGAUCCCAAAACCAAGCAGCGCGAGAGACACACCAGCCGGCAAAAGAACGAUAGGGAGCGUCUCCUCAAGGAAAAGCGCAGCCAGCGAACGGCAGAGGCAAACGCAAGCGGAACCGGCGAGAAACAGAAACCAAGGGUCGAGGCCAAUCCUUUUUCCCGGUUCCUCAGCGCCUUCAGCGUCGAUGCCAACCCAAAGCACAAACGCAAGGAACAGUCCACCGCCGAUGCCGAGAACAAACGACUGAAGUACGGCUUCCAGGACACGAGCGGGACCCACGGCGGCGCUGCUUCCGACGACACACCCGCGGCGGCCGCUGCCGUUGAGGACAGCAGCAGCAGCACACGAGAGGAAAAGGAAGCGACUCUCCCCUCGCUUCUUUCCUCGCCCUGGAUGGCGGCCGCAGCGGCGGCCGUGGCCUUGCUGGUCGUUGCCAUUGCCAAGGGAAGCCGAAAGAAAUAGGAGGAGUGAACGAACAAAUAAACAAACCAACAAACG